UACUGCGUAAACUCGCUUUCAGGAGACGCGCUGUUUCUGUGCUGCUGCUGCGUGCGUGCGUGGCGAGUUCAGCGUCUGACGAGAUUUAAAACUCUCUACAAUCACUUAACAGAUAAUGACUUUCCUUUAAAACAUAUCGCUCUAUACUCGCACGGGCACGUUUAUAUCUGCGCACUCUGAAGGCGCUUUUCAAGGUUGAAAGACUUCAUCUGCUGGUUCAAACAUGCAGAGCCGCGACGUAAAACAACGCAAAAAGGCGUCAGAUGCCAAAGAAAACGGAGAGAAGAGAAGACCAGAAGAGAAAGAUGAAGACAAAAGCAAGAGAGACGCAGAAGAGAGGAAACACACGAGGAGCUCUGACGUGAAGCUCGUGUUGAGUCUGGUGGCUCUCGCCGUUUCUGUGGUCGUGAUGUGGAUUCUCUAUCAGCACAGCUCGAGGUUUACAGAGAUUAAAGAACAAUAUGAUGAUUUAUACGAGAAGACUCGACGUGUCCUGGAGCUUCAGUCACAGAUGUCUUCAGUCUCAGAUAAAUGCGAGCGUGUUCAGUCUCUCAUGUCCAGUCUGAAGAGACCGCCGGCUGUUUCUCACCUGGAGAGUUUGGACGUGGAGGUCUCUCGGCUGAAGGAGAAAUUCUCAAACCUUACCAGACAAAGGCAGCGACUCCAGGAGAACCUGAGUGGUCUGGUUCAGGCCGUGCAGAACGUGGAGAACCGAACUCUGGCGAUCUCUAGUGAUGUGAUGUCAAAGGUGGCCUCCGUCCGCACAGACGUCAGGCGUAUGUCUGGACUGGAGGGUGAAGUGGAGGAUCUCCUCAGUCAGACAAACACCCUCGAGGAGAAGGUCGCUCAGACCGAGAAACUGAUGAUCAAACGCAUCGCCGAUCUGCUGGCCGGCAGCAUCGAUCGUGUUUCUGCUGUGAAGAGCACGACGGAGAGGAACGCUCAGAGACUGGAUCACAUGGCUAAACUCAUUCAGGAUCUUUCCACAGCUAACAGUGAGCUCUCGGAGCGCAUCCUGACGCUGGAGAGCGCUCAAGCCAAGAUGUUGAAGAUGAGCACGUUCGCCGCUGACCUGAAGCCCAAAGUGUUCACCAUCAGACAGGACUUCAUCGUUCUAGAGUCCAAACUGUCCGAACUGACGCUGAGGAUCGGACUGAUCGCUGAAGACGUCAUGAGAGAAGAACAACUGACAGAGAUGAAGAACCACCAACCGUACAUGUCUGAAGAUUCACAUGACAUCUGACACACUGGACUAGAAACACGCACUGACACGUUCAAACUCACGUUUAGAUCAAGAGUGCCUUUUAUAACAGGAUCUUUCUACAUAAAUGUAAUUUAUUGCAAUAUUUCUUGAUCAAAUUUGAAACAACUUUUAAUACAAUUUAAAGGGGAGAUUUUUUUCUACUUGUACACAAAUGUAAUAUAAAUCUUAGGGGUCCACAGAAUGUGUCUGAAGUUUCAGCUCAAAAUACACCGCAGAUCUUUUAUUAUACCAUGCCCUAGUUGCCCAGUUUUAGAGCAUGCGAGGAGAAACGCGCUGUUUUGGUGUGUGUCUCUUUAAGUGCAAAUGAGCUACUAGUCUCCGCCCCCUUUUCACAGAAAACUCAGCCAGGGCUGUGUGCUUCCAUCGACAAAAGAAGGGUCACAUGAAGCGAAUGAGAAACGCUGCUUCCGUCUUUAAACACCAAACACAUUGUUUUAUCUAUACGCGAAAACACACAUGACAAACCAAACGCGUAUUUACAAACCAUACACACUGCUUUCUACAAGUGAAAGUGGCCUACCCAAGAAAGAAGGGUCACAAAGCGAAUGAGAAACUACUGUGUCUCGUCUUUGAACACCAAACACGUUGUUUUCUAUAUAAGCACACCUGUUUCCCCCGGGGCCAUUCGUGAAGGCGCUCCGGUCCCUGUUGGUCCGCUGUCGGGAGUGAGACCCGCGAUCGCGUCACAGGGUUUCACGGGUGAAAUAACAAAACGGGAGGGUGGCGGGAAAUCAUGUUACCAUGACAAACCCGUCGCGUGUUUACAAACCAUACACACUGCUUUCUAUAAGUGAAGAUACUGAAGAUAUGCUUUGCUUACUUUUGCCAUGGUGUCAGAACUAAUUCACAUAUGUCGCUUGCGAACACAAAAAUGGCAGCAGCGCCAUGGGUGGACACGUUCAGAAAAGGGGCGGUAAUAUUAUAAUAAGAACAACUACCUACAUCAGAAAGCGAGCGAAAUCUGAACGGCUGGUUUUCUCACAGGCUUGCAGAGAUAGGCUCACGUAAACAAAGUUACUGGAUUGUCAUUUUUCACGUUUUAUGAGUUGGUAGAUGCACCAGACACCCGAUUAUAGCACUUAAACAUUGAAAAAGUCAGAUUUUCAUGAAAUGUCCCCUUUAAUGCAAGGUUCAUGUAGAGUGUUGUUAAAGGGGUAAUAUGACACGGCUAAAAGGAAUAUUAUGGUUUGUUUUAGAUGUAAGUCAAUGUGUAUACAAAUUUAAGGUUGAUAAACGCUGUAUUUUCCACACACUGUGCAUGUUUGUAUCUCCUCUUUGCUCCGCCUCUCUGAAACACGCUGAUUUUUUACAAAGCUCAUGGCUCUGAAAAGCGAGGUGUGCUGUGAUUGGCCAGUUCACCAGUGUGUAGUGAUUGGUGGAAUACUGCAAGCGUGUAACGCCUCUGACCAUAUUUGGAACAUCAGGUUCCUCUUCAAUUGUGCUGACAGGUACGCCCACCUUACUUGAGUCUACAUUUGGGCGGUCUUAGUCAAAUCAGACCACCAACUGACGUAGAUUUGUGGGGGUGUGGCUACACGAGGUGUUUCAGGCAGGUCUGGGUGAGCAUUAGCUUUUACAUAGAAUGACUCUUUUGUUCCCACACUUUCAUUUAUGCAAUCAUACGUGUAUAAUACAAGCAUGAACAACUUAUAACACACCAAAGACACAGAAAAACACGUGUUCACACCAUAUGACCCCUUUAAAGUCGCAUGGAAACUUGUAUCUCCAUUUUUUAUUUUUUUCCAUAAAUUGUUUCUAUUGGUCAUCCUUCAUGUUUAACCAAUGAAAAGUAGUCAAAAAAGCUCGUCAACAUUUCAUGUUUUUCCAUUUCAUAAAAAGCAGCAGUUUUGAAAAUAUGAGGUUUCCCCCGACAACGACAUGCAAAGCUAUUAGAUUCAGUGAUCAUGGUAAUGAGUUUUUGAUUUGGAAUAUAAAUUAUUUAUCAUCUGGGUUUAUUGUCUGUACAUGAGCUGAUGAAAUAUUGACAUCAUUACUAUUUGGCAUCUUUUAAGUAUUAUUAAUUAAUAAUAUUAUUAAUAUUGUCACCACAUUUCUUUUAAAAUGCUUUAAAAUCUAAAACAUUUUAAUAAAGAAUUGAAAUGUGAUCAUUUGAAGAAUGUUUCUUUAAUGGCCUACAGUCAUUUUCUUGUGAUCCAGGAGGACAUCUGUUAUGAUGUCCGACUCCACCCAUCAGAUGAUGUCAUUAGAGACGCUGUACUUCACAAACUACAGCACAUCUUGUUUGAUCUCGUGUGA